AAUUUGAAAACUGACGGAAUCAAACCUUAUGCCCUACUUUCAUCGAUACAGACACCACAAUUUAUUAUAGCAUUAACAGUAGUAAAACCGAUUUUCAUCAUAAUGAAAAAUCUUAGUAUAUUUUUACAAAAGGAAGAUUGCGAUCUCAGCUUAUGCAUUGAUUACGCAAACAACGUAUAUGAUGAAAUCAAUGAGAUGCGUCGCGAUUCGGAAUUGAAAUUUAAAGACUUGUUUGUAGCAGCAAAAGAAAUGGCGGAAAAAAUGAGUAUUAAUUUAGUACCUCCACGGAAUAUUGGAGUACAGAAGAAUCGAGACAACUACGAAGGAAGUCCAGAGGCUUAUUUCCGUCGGUCCAUAUUUCUCCCUUUUUUGGACCACUUAUCAAUGCAGCUAAAAACAAGAUUUAUUGAUCACCGGGAACUACUUUCAAAAAUUCAAAAUAUUCUGCCGAUUAAGUGUUCAGAGCUGAAUACAAAAGAAAUCAGUGAAACGGUAAAUACUUUUGCAAAAGAAUGGCCAAAUGACAUAAAGGGAUCUACUGAUGAUUUUAUAGCUGAAAUUACCAUGUGGCGCAGGCAUUGUUUAAAUAUGUCAAAGGAUAAACGGCCAAAAUCAUUUAUAGACACCCUCAAUACUUGUGAUUCGACAUUGUAUCAAUCAAUACACCGAUUUUUACAGAUCGGUGCAACUCUUCCAGUAUCUGUGGCAACAAGUGAACGGUCUUUUUCUUGUCUUCGAAGACUGAAAACAUAUCUGCGCAAUAAGACUGGUGAAGAGCGAUUAAAUGGACUGAUGCUAUUAAAUUUAUAUAGAGACGUGGAGGUGACCUAUGAUGAGAUCAUUAAUAUAAUGGCUAAAGUACCGAGACGUCUAGACCUUAUUUUAUAAUGUAAAUUGUAAUAAUGAAUUAAUAUGAGUAUUGAGUAUACUAUUAAAAGUAGGUAGGUAUCUAAAA